AUGUCCGUUAUCGACAUUCUCUUCCGGGUCGACUCCAUAUGCCAGAAAUAUGAUAAAUACGACAUUGAUAAGCAACGAGAGCUUAAUGCCUAUGGCGAUGACGCCUUCGCUCGCCUCUAUGCUGCUGUUGAAUCCACCAUUCAAGCCGCUCUCAAUAAAUCCGAGGUUGCUUCUACGGAGAAUAACAGGGCAGUUGCAGCGGCUUUGAAUGCAGAGGUUCGUCGAGCCAAGGGUAGAUUGAUGGAUGAAGUUCCUAAGCUGCGAAAAUUGGUGAAUAAGAAGGUUAAAGGUCUCACAAAUGAAGAUAUGGCCAUUCGUCAGGAUCUUGUUAUGGCAUUGCCAGAAAGAAUCCAAGCAAUACCAGAUGGUAUCACCUCUGCUGCUACUCAAACUGGAGGAUGGACUGCUACCACAUCUCAUCCACAUAUCAAGUUUGAUUCAUCAGAGGGACAUCUUGACAGUGAAUAUUUCCAUCAAAGUGAAGAAUCCAAUCAGUUUAGACAAGAGCAUGAAAUGCGCAAGAUGAAACAGGAUGAAGGGCUUGAUAUCAUAUCAGAGGGAUUGGAUACCCUGAAGAAUCUGGCCCAUGAUAUGAAUGAGGAAAUAGAUCGGCAAGUUCCUUUAAUGGAUGAAAUUGACACAAAGGUAGAUAGGGCAACAGCUGAUGUGAAAAACACUAACGUAAGGCUGAAGAAAACUCUCACCGAGCUGAGGUCUAGUCGAAAUUUCUGCAUUGACAUCAUUCUGCUGUGUGUUCUUCUGGGAAUCAUUACCUAUAUAUACAAGUAA